AUGGCUGUUAAGAAAGUUGGAGAUUUAGUUCAUAAGAGAACUAAGAAAUUCCGAAGAUUCCAUUCCGAUCGCUUUAAGAGGAUCAGGACUACUUGGAGGAAGCCCAAGGGUAUUGACAACAGGGUCAGGCGCCGCUUCAGGAGCGUCGUCCUCACUCCCAAGGUUGGCUACGGCACCAACAAGAGGACCAGGCACCAGCACCCAGGCGGCGUGUACAAGGUCGUCGUCUCCACGCCCUCCGAGGUCGAUGCUCUUCUGAUGAGCAACAAGAAGUACGUCGCAGAGGUCGCUCACAACGUUUCUGCCAAGAAGAGGCGCGUUCUUCUUGACAGGGCUGAUAAACUUGGCGUUAGGGUCACCAACAGGAGUGCCCGUCUCAAGGUUGAGGAGAAGGAAUAA